AUGGCCGUGCCCAAGAAGAAGUUACUCGAUACUGCGUGGAACACCACCACGUUCCUGCUUACCAAACAGCCGGAAGAUUUCGUGGACGGGCAUCGCGUUAAAAUCGUCGUCGUCGGUAGCGGAUACACGGGCGUGGCUGUCGGGAUCUCAAUCCUGUUUAAACGGCUCGCGUCCGAGCUGGUGUUCAUAGACCUGAAUGAGGAAUUGGCGAAAGCGGAGGCGGAAGACAUCAGCCAUGCGGCUGCAUUCCUCGGCAACCCGAAGGUCGUCGGUACCAAAGACUACUCAAUGGCUAGAGACGCGACCGUGUGCGUGAUUACCGUAGGCGACAGGUCUACGGCUGAUGAGGACCCGACGAGUUUGUUGGAGCAGAAUUUGACCAUUUUUAGAGACGUUAUUCCGAAAGUCUGCAAGUACGCACCGAACAGUAUACUUUUAAUAGUAACGGCUCCAGUGGACAUUCUCUCGUAUGCAGCGAUGAAACUUUCGGGCUUCCCGCCGCACCGCGUGGUGGGACUCGGGACGUUUUUGGACAGCUGUAGGUUUCAGUACUUCAUCGCGCAGAAGCUUGGAAUUUCGGCGAACUCCGUGCAAGCCUCUAUAAUCUGCGAGAACGGUCCCACGUCCGUGCCCAUCUGGUCCGCCGUAACGGUGAUGGGUAUAAAACUGAAAGACAUCAACAAAGAUAUCGGCACUAAGGCAGACCCCGAAUCUUGGGGCGAGUUACAUGCGAAAGUAAUCGAUUGCGACAACGAUCUUAUCUCGAGGAAGGGUUAUCGCUGUUGGGGCACUGGUAUCUGUGCCGCGGAGGUGGUCGACGCUAUCGUGCGAAAUACAUGUAUCUGCAUCACGGUAUCCACGUAUUUGAAGGGUUGUCGACACGGUUUGGAAAAAGACGUGUACAUGUCGCUACCAUGCAUAGUCGGUAGAAAUGGUAUACAAACUCUUCUUCGACAUCCGUAUACUUCAGAGGAGCAAGAACUGACGGAGGCAUCUUGUCGAGCAAUUUAUGAGACCCAGAAAUCUAUUCUUAACACUUUCGAAUAGAUCUGUCUCAAUUAAAAGUGAAUGAUAUUAUGAAUG